UGGCACUCCUGUUUAAUUUCUGACUUACGUCAGUGGGUGUUUCGUACGGCGGCCAUUGUCUGGGCCAUUGUUCUACGUAGAAAUAUUAAUUUUUCGCUAUUUAGUGCUAGAAACAAAGAAGUUAAACAUUUUCAACACCCUCAACGAAAUCAUUGUCUUGGAAAAAAUAAGUUUAUAGUACAAACAUGAAUGCAGAAUACGACUAUUUGUUCAAACUACUCCUGAUUGGGGACUCCGGAGUGGGCAAAUCAUGUCUGUUGCUAAGAUUUGCCGAUGACACUUACACAGAGAGCUACAUCAGCACUAUAGGCGUAGACUUUAAAAUAAGGACUAUAGAAUUAGAAGAGAAAACAAUAAAGUUACAAAUAUGGGACACAGCUGGCCAGGAGCGGUUUAGAACAAUCACUUCAUCAUACUACAGAGGGGCACAUGGCAUCAUCAUUGUUUAUGACUGCACAGACCAG